GCCUGUAAAGAUUUAUUUCUAGUUAAACAGAGGAAGGAAAUAUCUCCUCCUUGCUGGCUUCACUUCUCUUCUCCCCUCCGCUACUGCUUUGUUCUCUCUCUUCCUCUUCAUCUUCCUCUCUCAUAAAUUCCAUCUUGGAUUCAAUGGAUUUGAUAAAACUUUCCAUCGUCGUUGGAAUCCUUGUUUUAACCUUGCAAAAGUUUCUUGACACCUUGUAGCUCGUCUAAAAUCACAAUAGUAUCUCACGCCAAAAGCAUAAAAAUUGCUUUUUUUUUUCUUUAUUACAUCUGUGCUGUUAUUCUUUUCUGUAUAUCAGAUUUGGUGAAAUGCAUUACCAGAGGCGUUAUCUUAUGAGGUUUGUUUGUCUUUAAGGUCAGCUUCGAAACCAGAUUUGUUUUUAUCGAUUUCUUGUUCAUAUUAUUUUUGUGUUCUUCUCCUGUUUAAGAGUUGCAGAUUAAUCGGUUUUUUUCGAACUUUUGUUCGAGUAUCUAGUGUUGAAUGGAAAGUGUUUUUGAAAGGGAUCGUUCUUCACCUUCUUAUUGUGUUGAUUUUCUAUAUGGUUUUCUGAAAGAUCUUGUUUUCCCUAUCGGAUUCAGAGCUGCGUCUUCGGUGGGUUUGUUUUUCUGUUUAUCUUUUUGUCAUGGUUUUCCUGCAGGAUUAAUAAGUUGGCCUUUAUUUUAUUUAGAACGUUUGAUGGAAAAGCCCUCACGAUUUUUCUAUAUUAUUCUAUAGCUUGCUUCAGAUUUCUCCCCUUUCUUUAUAACUUCAUCUACUUUCUAAAUAAUUAUAUUUGGAUUUCUUAUCUUCUAUCCAAAGUUUCAUUGGCCCUCCGGUCAUCAGAAGGUAACCUUUGUCCCCCCGUAAGGUAUUUUGAGAAAGUUUUUAUUUUAAAUUGUCUUGGAUUCUUGGAGAGUUUCUUCAGCAAGCUGUGGAAGUGGAAAGUUUAAGACUGAUUAACAUUUGAAAUUGUGUCAUCCAUUUUUGCUGUAUUUAGAUCUGAGGUAGUCCAAUUAAACUCAAGAUUGAAAAACUUAGUAAAACUGUAAAAGCAUCACCUUGAAUUGGAUUUUCAUAUAAAUGGGAAGAGGAAGAGGGAAGGGAAAGAAACUUGCAAUUGUAUCAAGACAUGGGGACCCUGAUAGUAGUGAUGAAGAACAACUUCCUGUGCAUAAAAGAAGGGGAAGGCCUCAAAAGCCCUCCAAGAAUGAAGCCAACGAGGAGGAAAGUGAAAAGAAUGAAGAAGAAGGGGGUGAUUUUAAACCGGACUUUACAGAGGAAAAAAGCACUUUUCUGGAGAAUGCGAACAAGAGGAAGAGAUACUCGCAAGCAAAGGGAAAUUCUGAUACAGUGUUGGAAGAAAAAGGCACCAUUAAUAGAUCAAAAUUAGAGGAGACAACGACUAAUGGCUUCAGGCAUAAUGGAAGCCGACGCAAGAGUAAACCUCACAGAGCAGCUGAAGCAGGAAUACAUGUAGUGGCUGCCUAUAAGGGAUUUUAAAUCAUUGCUUACUGAAAAUAUUAUGCUCAUAAGCUUUUGACGCCUUAGCAUUUCUUCUUUCUUGCGUACUUUUCUUUUUGCAUUAUGUUUUACAAUGUCAUCAAUGGACGAAAUCCUUUGAAUCAAGGAUGUGAUAUGUUCUGUUUAUCUUGAUCUAAUCUUAUAAUACUGUUUUAGAUGUUUCAA